UCAUCCGACUUAUUUUUUUAGAUACAUGUUGAAGCUUAUUAGAGAAUCAAUGCAAUCUCGGUGGACUAUUCAAUUUCCUUGGAAUGGGUGGUCUCGGCAACUUGCUACAACAUGGCGAAUGUUGAGUCAGCUGAACUACAAACUAUAAAAAUGUUUCUCCUAAGGGGACGUUUGGGAACACAUUAUUAUUGGACUGGAAGCAUAGAUGCUUUUGAAAUUGAAAUCGAUAGCACUGAUGAUGAUUGCAGGUUCUGGACAGGAAAGGUUAUGCUAGCACAGGGGUCUUUCGAUGAAACAGAAAGAGUAAAGGAACAGGUAUUGUUGGGGCUUUCUCUACGCUACAUCUUUGAUCAUGAGGAUGCAUACACCCUUGAGGAUGGUGUUGAGUUCAGUGAGAUGAAUCCCAAAGACAUUUUCGAAGUGGUUGAAUUUCAAGACAUGGUUGAAUUUUGGCGUGAUGAUAUAAAUGACCUGGAUAUGGCAUGGAAAGAUAGAAACCAUGGUGAUUGUUUCCAAGAUGAUGUAAUGAAGGCAAUUAUGAGGGUGAUUUCAUGUCACAGUACAUAUUGUUUAUUUCCUCGUGCAGAGCUUGAUCAUGAGGAAAGUCUACUGUUUCAUUUCCUUUUUGUAUCAGCCUCAACCAGGCGCGUGAUUAGCCUUUUUGUUAUAGCAAAGCCUGUUUCACUUGAUGUUGCAAAAAGAUGCGCGAGGAUGAGGGAGGCCGGUGAAUCACCGGAUGAGACUGUUAUAUGGCAGUUCGUCAUCUUCAGCUGGGGAUGCUUCUCCUAGUGGCCCUAGCUAAGCUAAUAGCUUACUGCUGAUUACUACUGGUUGAAGAUCGUAUCAGUUGCAAAGGCUCCAUUGGAAUGCUGCUGAACACUUUUUUUUUCUCGAAAAUCUGGGUUAUUUUAUUUUAUUCUCAGAUCUGGGCAGCAGGUAAGUAAAGGACUGAACCUUCACAUCCCCCCAUUGUUCCAUCAUUAUUUGCUCCAUCCUCUUCCAUUACAACCCUCCCCUUUUUAGCCCAUUGUUUGACCUUUAUUUGCACCACUGUUUUACCUUAGAUAUUGCUGAUUUUCUUAUUACAAGUAUAACUGAUUUUGGAGCAUAUAACAUGGAUUUUUAUCUAUCUUUGGUGCUUAAUAGGCUAGUGUUAUAACCUAAUUUUGCUUGCUGCUAUGUUCCCUAGUCCAUGUUCCUCCUUGAUGCUUGAGUGAGUUUAUGUGUUUUUCUUCCUAGCCUAUUAUUACUCAUUAUUACUUUGUUUAUUAGUCUCACUUUAUUUUGCAUGUUAAUCUUGUUUGCUGAGUUUCCUUUAUCCUGUCCAACCCAAGCCUCUUGAGUUUACCUUACCUAGUUAGUUAAUCUUGUAGGAAACCUAGUCACCUAGGAACCCCCUACAUCAUCUUGGUAUCAGAGGAUGGUUUUGUCUAAGUUUAGGCUGAUUAGGUACUGUUGUCCAUUGUUUACAUGUCUUACCUUUUGAGUUCUAGUGUCCGUCAUAAUCUGUCCAUAGUCGAGUAUGAGUUAAGAGAGCGUUACCAUAGGUUAGAGGACCCCCUUUUCUUCCUUAGAUUUGUGGGACCAAAUUGCAUUGGACGCUAUUCCCCCUAAAAGCACAUACUUGAGGAGGAGAUUUCUGACCUCAAGAUUGAGAGGGCUAACUACCUAUCUCAAUUGGAGAUUCUGAGUAGACCUUGAGUCUUUGGUGGCAACCGUACCUUGGCUGCCCAUCUCCUUAUGUCCACUCGUAGUGGUAGGGAAUACUAGAACACGUUUGACCUUUCUGACACCCCCACCCAACCUGAGCAGUUGGCUGAAUUUAUGAAAGACAUCCAAGCUACCCUCCAAGCUAGCUAAGCUAUACAGGAGACACAAGCUGCCCAUCUCUAAACCCUCAUCGAUAAAUUGACUGUCCUCGAGACAAGUGCUCAAAACCCUAAUGGAUGGCAAGGCCGUAGCACAAAUGGCACUGAACCUAGGGACAGAGGCCCUAACCCUGAGGAAGUGAACGAGAAUAACCACAUUGAUGGCUAUGACCAGAUAGGGGAUAACUUCCAAGGCCUAGGGCGUGGUAGGGGUCGAGGCCCACCGCCAAGACACCAAACCCAGUAUGGAGAUGAUGAGGGUUAUAAGCAUCAUGAUAAGGGCUUUGAUGUCAGACAGGUGAUUAAGGUAGAUGCCCCUACCUAUGAUGGUCAGAUUGAUGCUAGGAUCCUUCUGGAUUGGAUCAAGCAGAUGGAUAGUUACUUUGAUUUCUACGAUAUACCAGAGGAAAUUCGCUUCCGAUUUGCUAAGUUCAAUUUUAUCGGAGCUGUCCAAGACUUCUGGACACACCUAGAGUACCAAGAGGAUCGCCUAGGACUUGAGCCAAUCACCACCUGGGUAGAAAUGCAAGAGAGGCUCAAGAGGGAAUUUUUGUCUAUCACUUAUGGGCUUUAGCUGUUGAAUGAAAUAAAUAUCCCUGAAGCAAGGAAAGUUGACUGUGACCGAAUACAUGAGCAAGUUCAAUGAACUGAAAAUUAGAAGCCGUGUUCGGGAGGAUGUUAAGCAGACAUUAUCCAGAUUCCUUACCAGGCUCAAGUCCAAAAUCCAGUCUAGUAUGGCACCCCACCUAGUGCGAGACGUUCCAUAGGCCUUCAAGAUAGCCCUUGAGGAGGAUACCUCCAUGACAAUUUAUUCUUAGAGGAAGAGCUUCCAAGUUGGGGAGUCCCAAUUUAGAAAACCACACCAAGGCUCUACUGGAUUCCCAAAGACCCCUGCUGCGCCACGACAUCAGUUUGACAACAGGGGUAAAGGAAUUUUGGGAGAAGCACCCAAGAGUAGUGGGCAACAACAGUGCUUCAAGUGUCGCGGGUUUGUUCACUUCUUCAGAGAGUAUCCUAAUAAGAAUCUUUAUGUGGGAGAGUAGACUCCUGAAGAAGGUUUUCAGGACCAUGAGUAUGAGGACCAUAGAUCAGAUGAGACCAUAUCUGAUGAGGACACCGAGGAGGCUGGUGACCUUAAGUUCGGUAUUGUGUGAUGCAUGGUCUCAUAACCUAAGAGUAAAGAUGAUUGGCAGCGAACUAAUAUUUUCAUCACUUACACAUGUCAUCAAGGCAAGAACUGCCGCAUCGCCAUAGACAGCGGCAGUUGCAUGAAUGUGGUCACCAAGAGCACUGUUGCUCGAAUGGACCUUAAACCUGAACCUCACACCAAGCCUUACAAGGUUGCCUAUGUAGAUCAGUCCACCAUCCCCGUUAAUCUGAGGUGUCUAGUUCCCCUACACUUUGCAGGAUAUAAGGAUCAAGUGUGGUGUGAUGUCCUAGAGAUGGAUGUUACCCACAUCAUCCUAGGUAGACUCUAGUUAUAUGACCGAGAUGUCACCAAUUAGGGGAAGUCUAACACCUAUAUCUUUGAGUUUAAAGGGAAGAAAAUCAGACUGUCCCCCAGUGCCCUUGGGGAAGUUAGGGUUCCAUAACACAAGGGGAGUACAUCCAAACACACCCCCACCAAAACAUUCAACAUUUUAAAUCAACAACAAUUUGAAGGAGAGUGUCAAGAGUCAGGGGUGAUUUAUGCUCUAGUAGCCAUAUAGAGUAAUACUGAUAGGUCACGCUAAUUCACUGAGGCUCCUAGAGAAGUACAACCCUUAUUGAGGAAAUGUGAGAGGCUAUUCCCUGAGGAGCUACCUGAUGAGUUAUUGCCUAUGCGUGACAUCCAACAUGUUAUUAACUUAGUUCCAGGAUCAUCUCUCUCGAACUUGCCCUAUUAUCGAAUGAAUCCCAAAGAGCACGCCGAACUCAAAUGGCAAGUGGAUGAACUGUUAUUAGGGAAAGCCUUAGUCCGUGUGCUAUACCUGCCCUGCUCACGCCAAAGAAAGAUGGCUUUUGGCAUAUGUGUGUUGAUAGUAGGGCCAUUAAUAAGAUCACCAUCAAGUAUAGGUUCCCUAUCCCUAAGCUUGAUG